AUGAGUCGGUGGCAAGGGUUGUUUGGCCUCUUGGCCCUUGCUCAGCUUGUGAACCUUGCCGCGGCAGAUGUCUACAUUAUGACCAGCGCAUACAUAUUGGAUCCUCUUCCGGAUAUUCCAGCGGAUUUUGGACCAGAUAUUCCAGACUCAGGCAUAGACGGCAUCCUCCGGUCUGCGGACCCAGAGGAUGCAUGCUCCCCUUUCACCUUCACGGACUUCGACACGCCAUGGAUUGCCCUUAUCGCCCGCCAGCAACAGCUACACCCGAACAACUGCACUUUUGACAUCAAGGUGUGGAAUGCUCAAAACGCGGGUGCCAUGGCGGCCAUCGUGUACGACGAUGUGUACGAAAGUCUGAUCAUCAUGUCUAAGCCCAAGGGUCAUCCAGACCCGUCCAUUCCCUCCGUCUUUGUCUCUCAGAAGGCGGGGAUCAUUAUGCGGAAGCUCAUGACGAUAGACACCAUCCGCGUCAAGAUCACACCGCUGAGCACUGUCGCCUGGCUGUCCAUGUUGAUGAGCGCCUUCCUAGGGGUCCUGGCGCUGGGGGUGGUGCUGGCCACCUUCUACGUCAUGAGGUCCUGGAGCUUGUGGCUCACGGGCAUGCAUGUUCGUGGAGGCGGAGGAGGUGGCGCAGGUGGGCCCGGAGGCGGACAGGCCGUCCAGGGUGGCCAGCAACACGGAGGUGCUCGUCCAACUGGCCAGCAGGAUCUCGGUCUGCCCGCGGAGUCCCUGAGGUUGCUGCCGGUGCUGGGCUCCCUCUUCCGGGCUACAGCCGCCAUGGGGGCCGCGGUGUGGGGGCUCGAGGGGGAGGGGGAGGAGGAGGAGAUGCGGCCGCUGCUGGCCUUCGAGGAGGGGGAGGGGGAGGGUGACGUGGAGGCGGGCUGCGGGGGCCGGCGGUACGGCGGCCUGGGGUUGCCGGGGGGGGAGGGAUGGGAAGAGGAGGAGGAGGCAGAGGAGGAGGAGGAGGAAUAUCACGAUGUGGUCUCCCGCAGUAGCAGUGAGAGCGGUUGUUGGGCUACAGCGGCCCCGGGUGCGGGUGCUGCUGCUACUGCCGCCCACACACCUCGCCCCCCCGGCGCCCACGCGGGGGAGACGAAGCGCGUGUGCGCCAUUUGCCUGGAGAGCUACGUGGAGGGGGACAAGCACCCUCAUCACCAGCGCUGCGGGCUGCCGGCGGCGGCGGUGGCGGCGGUCGUGGUGGGGUCACCGGUGGAGCCGCUCAUGUCCGGCGCUACUGCCAACGCCAUUGCAGCGGCGGCGGCUCUGGCCCCGGCGGGCGACGUGGAGGCGCCGGGGCCCUCACGGCCACUUGCCGACCACUUGGAAGGUCGUGACGGCGGCGGCGGGUCGUCGGCAGUCGCUGCCGCCGUCCCGAUUGCCGUACCCGGCCGGUCUGUUCCCUUGGGAGCCGCUGCUCCUGCUCUCCCACGUGGAGUGGUGUCGGGAGCGGAAGGGGCGGCGGUGGCGGUGGCGGCGGAAGGGGCAGUAGCAGUAGCAGGGGAACAGCAGCAGCAGCGGCAAGGGGGCCCUGUGGGCGCUGGCGAGCUGGAGGCAGCGACGGAGGCAGCGGCGGGAGGUGCAGCUGGGGCUAAUGCUGCUCGUGUGAGGGCGGCGGCGGCGGCGGCGGGGGGCCCCCCGGGGGUUCUUCGUUGGCCUGGUGCAGCGGCGGCGGGGGGAGUUACUCCCCAGUACCCGUCCACGCUGUGA